AAUAAUGAAAUAUUUUAUAUUAAUCCACAUUAUUUUUAUAACAAAACAUGUGAAUUCUAAAAUGGAAGGAUUCGUUAUGGGCGGUGACUUCACAAAAAUACACCAAUAUCCGCAUUCGAUAUAUCUCAAUAUAGCAUGCAAAGCGAGUUUUAUAUGUGGAGGUUCCAUUAUCAAUCAGGACCUCAUUCUAACAGCUGGGCACUGCCUUGAAGAAUGCAAGGGACAGGUAGAUGAAUUUUUACAAGUGAAGUAUGGUCACGAACAUUUGCAUUCAAUGAAAUCAACGUCAAUAAGCAAUUUUAUAAUACAUGAGAAGUAUGACGAGUUAUCCUUACACAAUGACAUAUGUUUAGUGACAACCAUGAGGCCGAUCGCGAUGGGGAAGUUUGUGAAGCGAAUAGCCAUUAUGAGAAGUCCGAACCUCGAUAAAUGGGCUUACACGGCUGGAUGGGGAGUCAUGAAUUUAAAAAAAGAUGUAUCGACGGUAUUGAAACAUACCGCACAGAAACUACAACCAGCAAACGUGUGUAGGCUCCUCGGGACUAUUCCACCAGGAACCUUUUGCGCUGGACCUAUUAAAGGACAAGGAGCGCCUGAUCAGGGUGAUUCAGGCAGCGCGUUGAUAAUAUCCAAUUACAUUCAAAUUGGCAUCGUUUCAUACAAAAUUAAGAGGUACAGCCUAGUCGUGUACACCAACGUCUCUUAUCACUACAACUGGAUUGUAAGGAAUGCUGCAAGACUGAUCUGCAGGAGUAGAAAUAGAGGAUAAUGUAUAAAUAAAGAAAUGCGGUUUUAUUCAAAACUCAAAACCCCAUAAAGUCAAAAAAGGAAACACGUGACUUGAAUACGAUGUGGUUAAUUUCGGCCGCACAGAGAGUUUGGAAUAGAAAAGAGUGCAUGAAAAAGCUGGGCAAAAUCCCUAUUGGCACUUUUUGUGCUGGUAUUACCGAC